CGAUAUUAUUAUAUAUAUACUUCUCUUUUUUUAAUGAUGUUGCGCAUGCGGAUUAUAGAUUUCCUUGCUUGCACAUUUAUAUUCAUUUUUAUUAUCAUCAAUGAACAGCGGUGUAAAUAGAAUUAUUUGUUCUUAACCAAUUUAUGAAAAAACGACCAACGUAACAUGUACUACUGUAAGAAAAAGAAACGAAGAACAAAAUAUUGAAAGCAUAUCAUUAAUUACGUGGAUAAUAUAACCUCCAUGCCUCUCUUGUCUUGAAUAAAGUGGAGAUUGGUUGGUUUUUUUUUCAACUUGUGAAUAGUCACUGACAGACCGAGCUCUGACACGUAGUCAAGAACAUCUUGACAAGUUUACAAGUCUAUUGAAGCCUAGAUAAUACAUAACAUCAAAUGAAAGUUAUACACUUGGAGAUAAAAAAAUCGAAGAAACAAGAAUUAUCAUUGCACCUGAGAAUGAAACAAUGAGGCAAUUUGAGUUGAAUUAUGAGUCCUCACAGUUGUAAACUUAAUGUCGACAGUCCAGACGCAGCCAUGGCAGCUAAUGGCUAUCCCGCUUCUGCAUCACAACAAUCCAACGAGUCUCACUCACCACCCUGUGAGUCGGUGAAUUCAAUGCCUUGGUUUGGAAUGGACAUUGGUGGGACUCUAUGCAAAUUGGUUUACUUUGAACCAAAAGAUAUUACAAGAGAUGAGGCGGAUGCUGAACUUGAAACUCUGAAAAAUAUAAGAAGAUAUUUAACUAAAAAUUCAGCGUAUGGAAAAACAGGUCAUCGUGAUACACAUCUUCAGAUGGAUAAUAUUGAAAUUCGGGGUAGGAGAGGGACGCUGCAUUUCAUCAGAUUUCCGACAAGCGAAAUGGGUAAUUUUUUAGCACUUGCCAAAUCAAAAGGAAUGGCCAAUCUUGUGACAACUGUCUGUGCCACAGGCGGUGGUGCUUUUAAAUUUGAAGAAAAUUUCAAAAAAGAAGUCAAUAUGAGUCUUGCAAAGUUUGAUGAACUGGACAGUUUAAUACGUGGGAUGCUUUAUAUUGAAAUGACAAAUCCUCGUGAAUGUUAUUACUGGAGCCAUCCCACUGAGGAUGAUCUUUGUCAUAAAGUUCCAUUUGAUUUCUCCCAGCCAUAUCCAUUUUUGCUUGUGAAUAUAGGCUCUGGAGUUGGUAUUUUAAUAGUAUAUGGUCCAAAUAAUUAUAAAAGGAUAUCGGGAACGAGUUUGGGCGGUGGGACGUUUCUUGGAUUGUGCUGCCUACUUACCGGCUGUAAUAGUUUUGAAGAAGCUAUCCAGCUUGCAACAGGAGGUGAUAACACACGGGUUGAUAAAUUAGUUAAAGAUAUUUAUGGUGGGGAUUAUGGACGUUUUGGUCUUCCUGGGGACUUGGUGGCCAGCAGUCUUCUCCAUGUGUGCAGUUUCGGUCAAAUGAAUUUAAAGGAUCGCAGAAAUGCCGUCAGCAAAGAGGAUUUAGCACGAGCCACUCUUGUAACCAUAACAAAUAAUAUUGGAUCUAUUGCACGCAUGUGCGCGGUCAAUGAAAAAGUCGAGAAAGUAGUGUUUGUUGGAAACUUUUUGCGAGUAAACCCCAUAUCCAUGAAAUUAUUAGCUUAUGCCAUGGAUUACUGGUCGAAUGGUACUAUGAAAGCACUAUUUUUAGAACACGAGGGAUAUUUUGGUGCUGUAGGAUGUCUUUUGCAAUUCAAUAAUGAGAGUAGUCAGAUUUAAUGGAAUAUGAUUUGAUAAUAAUUACGUUUAGCAUUCCAGUGAGUUUUCCUUCGUUGAUUAAGUAUCACAACCGGAUGUCUUAAAGAGGCAGUUAUUUAUUUCCGAUUAAUUAAUUUAUCAUAUCUCUUAAAAAUACGCCCACAGUUAUUUUCACGAACAAAGUAAAGAUGAAACUAUAAAAUAAAAUAUUGAAGGUAAAUGAUUAUUAUCAUUGUGAUAUUUUAAAUUGAGGGCACAAAAUGUUAAGCGGUUACUCUGUGGGAAAAAUAAAAAGAAAUCAAACAAUUUA